AUUGACAAUUUAUAAAAGCAUAAUGUAUGCUGUCAGAACUGAAGAUUAAUUGACAUAAGAACAUUCAUCUUUUUCAGGGCAGAUGUACAUAAGCAGAGGAAGUUUCUUGUUUUUGAAGACAAUCUUUUAGAACUGUUCAACAGAUGUGAAAUGUGCCAUCUCCCUACCAAAGGCAAAGUCUGCAAUGUCCAGGGAUCAGCUAUGGCCAUCAAACAAGUUUGUGAAUGUGGACACACCAGGCGAUGGGAGUCACAGCCCAAAGUUAGAGGUGUUCCUGCUGGGAACAUUCUUCUUAGUGCUGGCAUUUUGUUCUCAGGAUGUUCACCUUCGAAAGUGCUGCGAAUUUUUGAGUUUAUUAAUGUAUUAAGUAUUAGUCUUUCAACUUUCUUUAGUCAUCAAAGAACUGUAUUGUGGCCAGCAAUUGAGAGAGUGUGGACAAAGUGUAAUGACCAACUGAUAAGUGUCCUUCUAGACCGCGAAGAAGAGCUUGUGGUUGCUGGAGAUGGACGUUCUGACAGCCCGGGACACUCUGCAAAGUUUGGUGUAUACUCCAUGAUUGAUAUGCACACCGGGAGAGUAGUAGCCAUUGAACUUGUGCAGUCCAAUGAAGUGAAGUCAAGCUACCAUAUGGAGUUGGAGGGCCUUAAGAGAGCAACUGACAGUUUACGCAGAUGUGGCCUGUCCCUUGCAGAAAUCAUUACAGACAGGCAUCUGCAAAUACAAAAGUGGAUUAGAGAGAAUUUACCUGGGACUGUCCAUUCCUUUGAUGUGUGGCAUAUUGGAAAAGCUGUGAAAAAGAAGCUCCUUGCACUGUCCAAGGAAAAAGACUGCAACAUAGUCUGCAAGUGGAUGAAGAGUAUCACCAAUCACCUUUAUUGGUCAGCCGCAUCAUCCCAGGGAGAGGAGGGCUCCAUGAUUGCAGCAAAGUGGACAUCAGUGGUCAACCAUGUUCAAGACAUUCACACUGGACAUGGUGACCUCUACCAGCAGUGCACCCAUGGUCCCCUUGAACCCCGAGAAUGGUUAAAAAAGGGCUCAGAGGCAGCUGCCAAAAUGGAAGACAUUCUGCUAAACAAGAGACUGUGCAAGGACAUCAAAAAGCUGUCCACAGGAUUUCAAACGUCAACACUGGAAUCAUUUCACAGUGUAAUCAAUCACUUUGCACCAAAAAUGACAGCAUAUUCCUUCCACGGACAAAUGUGUCGCCAAUACUUGGCGGCCCUACAUUUCAAUGAAAAUGUGCAAAGAGGUAAAAAAAUAUCAAAAAAUGGAAAGUUCAACCUGAAGAUAGUAUUUCCAAAAUAUAAGGAUGACUUUUCAGUCAAGUUUGUGAAUGAUGAAAUGACCUUUGGUUAUGUAAAGGAACUUCUUGACAUGUGUAUAGAAAUAUGUGGUGAAAAAAACAAACUGUAAACCCCAGCCCCACCUCCCCUCACAUCAGGGAAAAGAAAGCCAACCAAGGUUGAGGUAACAAGGUGUUUAGGAAAAAACAAAAGGUUGAAAUAUUAGUGUAGGGGAAAUAAGAAAAAACAUAGAUUGUGACUGUUUGAAUAUAUCCCAAGAUUUGUCAACAAUUUGGCAUUUUCCUUUUUUAACACUACAUGUAUAACCUGUAUCUUAAUUGAAUAUUAUUUCCUGUAAUGGUGGUUGUUUCUGUAUAUAUGCAUGUAUAAUCUAAUGAAUCUUUGUGACAGUGGAAUGUUUUUUUUGUAUUAUACUUUCACUAAAGUUUUGAAUAUUGUUACUUAAAAAUAACUUUAUAGUAUCUGUGUAAUAUUAGCAAUACCUUUUUUUUCUUAUCCAGCCUCUUGAUCAGGUUUCAAAAGUUUAGAUUGAUUGUUUUCCUUUGUUAAGUGCAUGUUUGCCAUUCUAGUCCUUGUUUUCUGUUAAUUCAAUGCCAGAGAAUUGUUGUACAUAUCAUUUGGUGCUUUUAUUGUUUGAAAUAACAAUCAUCCUUAAUAUAAAUUACAAACCUAAACCCAUA